AUGAUUGAACUAGGGCUUUCCCGUAUUUCACGCCUUGUUCAGCACUCCGCGUUUACCUGGAAGGCCGUUCAUGUUGCCGGUACUAAUGGCAAGGGCUCGAUAACGUCUUAUGUCUCUGGUCUCUUGACGGCCGCCGGUGUCCGGUGCGGCCGUUUUACCUCCCCGCACUUGAUUGACCGGUGGGAUUGCAUCACCAUCAAUGAUAAAGUCAUCCAGGAAUCUUUAUUUCGGCAGGUUGAGGAGCAGAUCAAACAGCGCAACCAAUCGUUAGGCCUCGACGCCUCUGAGUUCGAGCUACUUACCGCGACCGCCUUCGAAAUCUUUGACCGGGAACAUGUCGAGAUAGGCGUUGUGGAAGUUGGAAUGGGCGGUCGCCUCGAUGCUACAAACAUUCUGUCAAAUGUGCUCGUGUCUGUGAUUGCCAAGAUUGGCCGUGACCAUGAAGCGUUUCUAGGGAACUCAAUACAAGCUAUCGCCAAUGAGAAAGCGGGCAUUCUAAAAGACGGCGUGCCGUGCGUCUUUGACGGCACCAAUGAUGCUGAGGUACUUCAGGUGCUUCAAUCUCGAAUUCAGGAGCUAGGCAUUGAUGCCACGAUGGCAACGCAAGAUAUAGCAAGCCGACAAUUCCCUAGUCUUGUUUCAUUGUUCCGCGAUCUUGACCUGGAACCACAUCAACGAACGAAUAUCGCCUGCGCCACAUUGGCACUACAGAAAACCUUGGAGCAAAUCAAAUCCCCCAAAACAGUGGACGACCUCGUUCCAGAGCUUUCAAAAAUCCAAUGGCCAGGUCGACUACAGCUCCUUUCAUUGAAAGCCUUGGUUGAUCGUGACGAGCCAGUGCUUCUCGAUGGAGCCCAUAAUGUUCAGUCAUCGAAUGUCCUUGCCAACUUUGUUAAUCGUAAACUCCGCCAACAAGGCCUGCCAGUGACCUGGGUGGUGGCUGUUUCCCAGGGGAAAGACUUGUCGGAACUCUUGCAGCCUCUGAUCCACCCUGGAGACAACGUUGCGGUUGUUGCUUUUGGCCCUGUUGAUGGCAUGCCAUGGGUGAAAGCUACAGAUACAGCAACGGUUGCUGAGCAUGCUAAAUCGAUACCUGGCGUUGGGCAAGUUGAAUCUUUCGGGGCCGAUAUUCUGUCGGCCCUCGCAUGGGCAUCUCUCUCUGCGAAUCAGGGGCCUUUGGCUAUUGCAGGCAGCUUGUACUUGGUAUCUGACAUCUUCCGACUCCUUCGUGCCAAACAAUAA